UUACUCAUGGCUGGCACACUGACCACAGCAUCAAUCUUGGAGCAUUUGAUCUACUGGAUGGUCGAUAAUCCGGAUGUGCUUCAAAGACUCCAGGAAGAGCCGCAUAGCGUGAUGACCUCAGUCGACGACGUCAGUAAGGUCCCGCUUGCAACGCUGGAAAGCCUUCCUUACCUGACGGCUGUCAUCAAACAAUGUAUUCGAUUAGUCUACGGCAAUUCCGAUCCACAAUUCCGCGUUAACCCUAAUGGAACUUUGACCUAUGACAACCAAACGACAGGCAGAAGUUGGUUGGUCCCGCCAAAGACAUCUGUUGGCAUGACCAGCGUGAUGUAA